AUGAAAGAUUUGGGGAGCUUCACAUUGCCAUGCUCAAAUGGAGGGAAAGAAGUCGGAAACACGCUUUGUGACUUAGGGGCAAGUAUCAACCUGAUGCCCUUAUCAAUAUUCAAGAAGUUAAACAUUGGCAACGCAAGGCCCACCACAAUCACGUUGCAGUUGGCUGAUAGAUCAAUAACGCAUCCGGAGGGCAAGAUAGAGGAUGCGCUUAUACAAGUAGACAAAUUCAUUUUUCCAGCUGACUUCAUUAUACUGGACUACGAAGCUGAUACUAAGGUGCCAAUCAUAUUGGGUCACCCAUUUCUCGCAACUGGGUGCGUGCUGAUCGACAUACAAAAGGGAGAGCUCACUAUAAGGGUUGAUAAUCAACAAGCGAAGUUCAACGUUCUCAAUGUGUUGAAAUACUCAAAUGAUAUGGAAGAUUGCCAGUAUCUUGGAGAACUAUAG